GACCAAGUUGAAGAACAAUUCGAAGCCCACGCUCAGCUGAGAGGGAAGCCCUUCUCAAUCAGGCACGCGGAUGCAACUUCCUCACGCAGAUAUCACGUGCCACCUUUAUUGCCCCGGCCUCCCAUCACGUGCGACAUAUCCUUCCGGGCAAGAGAGGAAAACAACGGAGAGACCGGAGAGAGAGACAGAGAGAGAGAGAGAAAGAGAGAGAGAGGAGCGGGGCAUCCGGAAUGGGCAACACGAAGGCGCCCACAGCGACAAGGAAGACGAAGAAGAAGGGGCGGCCCUCUCUCCUGGACCUCCAGCGCCGUAGUCUGCGACUCCAGCAGCAGCAGCAGCGCGAUCCUAGCCUCGAUGAUGAUCCCCGACACCGCGACGCAGCAGCGGCGGUGGCGGACGACGACGAUGACGAAGAGUCCGACCAGGGGAGGCGGGAGAAGAAGCUUCGCCUCGUACUUCGCCUCCACAACAACCCUAACACCGAUUCGGCUGUAUCUGGCUCCGAAUCGGAUGACCGCAGAAGCAGAAAGCUCGGGGCCGCCCGGAAUGAUGCCCAGAUAGAAAGGCAGAAUCCUACAUCGAAAGUGACGGAUCUUCCACAAGAUUUUGGACCCACUACACCAUUACCGGACAAAAAGUUGUUAGUUUUUAUCUUGGAUAGGUUGCAGAAGAAAGAUACUUAUGGCGUCUUUGCUGAGCCUGUUGACCGUGAGGAGCUUCCAGAUUAUCAUGACAUUAUCAAACAUCCCAUGGAUUUUGCUACGAUAAGGAAGAAGCUUUCAGAUGGAGCUUAUGCCAACCUAGAGCAGUUUGAGCAAGAUGUUUUUUUAAUCAGCUUAAAUGCAAUGCAAUACAAUGGAUCAGACACAAUUUACUACAGACAGGCUCGAGCAAUUCAAGAGCUUGCAAAAAAGAACUUUGACAAUCUGAGACAAGAAAGUGAUGAUAAUGAUCAAGAACCAAAGCCAGCAAGGAGAGGUAGACCACCGACUAAAAAUAUAUUUAAGAAAUUAGGUCGCCCUACUGCUGAUAAUCCUUGUUCCAAUCUCUCUUCCAAUGCAACACUUGCUAAUGCUGGAGAUAAUCAUCAAUCAACCAACUUCUCACACAAUUUAUCACAUACUGGGUUGGAUAAAACCAGCCUGCCCAACUUGUCUACAAGAACUUAUUCUCUUCGCAAUACCGAACCUCAUGGUUUCACCAAUGAGCAUAAGUUUGAAAGGCAUGAAGACAAUUCAGGUUCUAUUUAUAAAGGUGGUUCAUUGAAAUAUCUAAAGAAAUCCUUUGUGAUGGAUGAAAACCGUCGCAAUACAUAUACCCAACCUGAGGUGGCCGGCUCCCUAACUGAGCCAUCGGUGUUAACAGCAUUUGAUGGAGAGAGAAAGCAGCUGAUUCCUGUCGGCCUUUACACAGAGCAUGCUUAUGCAAGGAGCUUGACUCGAUUUGCUGCAAAACUUGGUCCUAUUGCCUGGGAAAUUGCUGCUAAACGCAUCGAGCGUGUUCUACCUCCCGGGACAAAAUUUGGCCGUGGGUGGGUCGGAGAGAAGGAUGCACCACAACAGUCUCAUCCUCUACUAUCUAGAUCCCCAAAUUCAUCCCAACCGGAAAACUUGCCGACCACAAGUGCAUCGGCAUCUGAACACGCAUCUGAUGAUGCUGCGGUGGAAGUUAAUGCAAGCUCGACUUCGCCAGCUGCUUCACUUUCUCACCCAAGCAGAUCCAUAGAUUCUGCAGAAGCUACUACUAAACAUCAAGCAAGUUCUUUGAAACCACAUGGUAUUUGGCAAAAGACAGGAAAUCAACUUCCGCAAGUCGGUGCGAUGCAGCCACUGAACGGUUUUAGUCGACCCAUGGGGUUUAACCAUCCUUCUCAAGCUGGUAAUGUUAUCAAGGUAUCAGCAUCACCCGGCAGCUUUCAUUCACAGGCAAUGCUAACACAUCCUUGCGCAUCAUCAGACAUGCUGUCAAGAACUAACACUCAAGCUGAUACGACUAAUUCAGUUACUGGUCCAACUACAUCACCGAUCUCCGGCAUCCACCUGCCUGAGGGUCCCCAUGAUUCUCAGGGAACAAGGAGAGUGGCAUCAAUGACAAAGUCAGUUUCUUUUUCUCCCGAUCUAAAUUUAGGCUUCCAGUCACCAGGUUCACCGGUUUCAGGCGUUCGAUUAGAAUCGAAAAACCCAAACCUAGCAUUGGGGCUCUGAGAUUGUACACCUUCAUAAGUUCAUUUUCCAUUUGGUAGAGGUUAGAGAGCAGAAGCGGCCAUGACUCAUGUUACAGAUAGUGCUGCAAUGAUGCAGGCGUUUUAACAAUUAAGGAACCCCCGCAUUCUGUUGUAAAAGUAGAAGAAGGGUGUUUGUACAGAUUAAUUAUUAUCGAUAUUAAUUCUUAACAAGAUGU